AUGGUGAAACACCAACCAUUACAGGUCUACGAGAGACAGCUGUGUUUGUCCUGCCUGACUGGGAUCUACGGGUGUCGCUGGAAACGCUACCAGCGUUCUCACGAUGACAGCUCCAAGUGGGAGUGCUGCUGGUUUCUCCUCCUGUGCUUCUCCUUUCUUCUCCUCCUUGUCUGGUCCUACUUCUGGUGGGAGGCGCACAAUGACUACAAUGAGUUUAACUGGUUGCUGUAUAAUCACUCAGGAGAAUGGAGUGAUGGCACUGUACCCAUCAUCACCACCACACUCGUGGGAUUCUCUUACACUGCAUUUUUAAUGAUAUUAGGCCUUUGCCAUAUUGCACUGGGGCAGCAGCUCAAUCUUUACUGGAUUCAUAAGAUUGGCGUUCUUGCUGUCCUGCUUACCACCAUCACAGGUGUGAUAUCUAUCGAUGACUUAUGGAGAGACGAAUGGGACAUCAUUCUAAUCUCCCUACAGUCGACAGGGCCCUUCCUCCACAUAGGAGCUGUAGCUGCCAUGACAGCUCUGGGAUGGAUUGUUGCCGGGCUGGUUGCACGUGGAGAAAGAACAAGGUUUCAGGUGGUGAUGCUACUGUUGUAUAUUGGUAUUCUGCUGGCUCUGUAUCUGACCCCUCUCACCAUCUCCUCCCCCUGCAUCAUGGACCGAUCAGAGCUGAAACCACGUCCCUCGAUCAUUGGCCAUCGAGGAGCUCCAAUGCUCGCUCCUGAAAACACCAUCAUGUCCUUCAACAAAGCCUUGCAGCAGAAAGUCAGUGGCUUCAAGGCCGACGUCACCAUCAGUACAGACGGAGUGGCGUUCCUGAUGCGUGACCUUACUCUGUGCCGCACCACAAACGUAGCACAUGUUUUUCCUCACCGACAGCACGAGGACGCCUCACUCUUCAGCUGGGCCGAGAUCCGCUCUUUAAAUGCCGGCCUGUGGUUCCUCAGGGAUGACCCAUACUGGAUGGUGCAGGUUAUGUCAGUGAAGGAGCGAGGCAGAGCAGCUAAUCAGACAGUGUGUAGUUUGGUGGACCUGCUGCGUCUGGCGGUGAAGACGAACCGCUCUGUGAUUUUCAGUCUGCGCAGACCUCCAGCACAUCACCCGCGAUAUCAGUCCUGGAUUAAUGAUGCACUAAAGGCUGUGCAGCGCUCAGGAAUCCAGCCUGACCAGGUGAUAAAGACUUCAGACUGGUCCAAGAAGAAGGUGGGUGCUGCCGUGCCUCUCAUGCAGCAGACGUCGUUAGAGAAGGUUGCUGUAGAGGAUCUUAAAGAGACCCCAGUUCAUACAGUCAGCUUACACUACAGCCAAGCUACAGCAUCAGAGAUCAGGCGCUUCAGAAACAGCAACAUGAGUGUGAAUGUGUACCCGGUGAAUGAGCCCUGGCUCUACUCAGUAUUGUGGUGCAGCGGCGUUCAGUCCGUCUCAUCUGAUGCUCCUCACAUCCUUCGGAACGUGCCUCAACCCAUCUGGCUAAUGAGUCCAGAUGAAUACUGUUUGAUAUGGAUCACAUCCGAUCUGAUAUCUACUGCAAUCGUUAUAGGAAUAUUCAUAUUUCAAAAGUGGAGGAUGAGCGGGAUGAGGAGCUACAACCCGGAGCAGAUCAUGCUUAGCGCUGUGGUGCGCAGACCCAGCCGUGAUGUCAACAUCAUGAAAGAGAAACUUAUCUUCUCAGAAAUAAACAACGGAGUCAGUAGCACUGAUGAGCUCUCUCUGUACACCGAUCAUGGUUUUGAGAGAUACACACAUGGUGGGAUUUCCCAUUAAACAUGGUUUCCUGUGAAAACACUGAACACUCUUAUAUGUCCUUUUGGAUGUUUGGAAGUUAAGACACUUAUGACACUGUGUUCUUGUUUUGAAUUUUAUUCGUACUACUGCUGGUUUUGCAAAGGGACCGGUCAAGGACAAGAUGAUCCUGUUCGUUUUAAAGUCAACUUUUGGAUGA